AUGGACCAGUCCAUGCGCGACACAUUCGCGAAGCGUGCCGUGCAACUGCGCGAGUACAUCUUCUCGCAACCAACCCACCAGUUCAAGAAUAACCCCUGGGCCGUCGCCCAUGCCAUUGAUGAAUUCGCCGAGACGCAUGGCCACAUGAUGAUCUUCAAUGAGAAAAAGCUCCAAGUCGCUCAGGCCCAGCUCGCGGCACAACAGCCCGCGCCACGCACCAUUCUGGAGUUUGGCGCGUUCGUGGGGAAAUCGGCCAUUGCCUGGGGCGCGAUUCUCCGCGACAUCUAUGGCGAGAAGGUCCCCGAGGACGUCCACGUCUACACCUUUGAGCUGGACCCGCAGAUGGUCUUGUUGGCGCGGGAGUUGAUCCAACUCGCCGGCAUUCAUGAUCUGGUGCAUGUCCUCGAAGGGCCCGCGUCCGAGUCGCUGCAGAAACUGCACCGCGAGGGCAAGGUGAGCAGUGUGGACAUGGCAUUCUUCGACCACUGGGAGAAAUACUAUCUCCCGGAUCUGCAAUUGAUUGAAGACCUGAACCUAUUUCGCACUGGGUCUCUGGCCAUCGCGGAUAAUACCGAUUUCCCGGGCGCGCCGGAUUAUUUGAAGUAUGUGAAGGCGGGUGGCAAGGGGACUGCUGGAUCGGUCAAAUAUGAGAGUCGGUCAUUUGAGACGGAGAGUCGGCCGGGGAAGCCGAGUGUGGUGGAAGUCAGCACGGUGGUGGCUACGGAGUAA